AUGGAAGAAGAUGACGCUGUAUUAUCUGAAGAUGAUUAUGACGAACGAAUCGAACCAGCAGACGAGGUAAUAAUCUCGUAUUAUCUGAAUAUGAUGAUCAAUAAUAGCAAAUCUUGGCCUUACCACUUCCUCCGAGACGUAGACGCGGAGGUGUACAACCUGAAUCCAUGGAUUUCCUUCAAUAUUCAGAACCCUAACUUCUUCAUGUUCGUCAAAUCCCGAACCGAGGCUUGUGGUAGAACCGAUGGAUGUGGAUCGGGUUGCUGGAGGAUCAUAGGUUGUGAUAAGCUGAUCAAGUCUGAGGAGACCGGGAAGAUUCUAGGGUUUAAGAGGAUUCUUAAGUUCUGUGAGAAGUGGAUUAACCGAUCAGAACAAGAGGAUCAGAGGAUUUGGGUGAUGGAAGAGUAUAGGCUCGUCGAUAAACGGAAGCAAGAUCAAGUGGUAUGCAAGAUUCAGCUUUUGCUCCCACCUGCGGUUAGUGCCUUGCAAGCCAAGCAUUUCUCGUUUCUCCCUAAAUCGAUGCUUGGAUGA